UGGCACGCGCUUAUAAAUGUUGCUAGCGCCGGGACGCGGGUAAGCUAAGCUAACGCAGCGCUUUCGGCCUGAAACCUCGCAAGAAAAUGGGAAUAGCGGACGAAGCGGACCGGACUCUGUUUGUGGGGAAUUUGGACCCUCAGGUGACAGAGGAGCUGCUGUUCGAGCUGUUUUUACAGGCUGGACCUUUGGUCAAAGUCAAAAUCCCAAAAGAUAAUGAUGGAAAGUCCAAACAGUUUGCCUUUGUGAACUUCAAGCAUGAGGUCUCUGUGCCUUAUUGCAUGAACCUGCUGAACGGAGUCCGGCUGUAUGGAAGGCAGCUCAACAUACAGUACAGGGCAGGUAGCAGUCAUAUUAAUCAAGAGGGUAAAAGUCCUGCAAACUCUCAAAACAGCAGUCCAGUGAACUCACCCAAUCACCGUGGCGGAAGGUAUGAUAGGACCCCAGACCAGAUGAGCUCUCCAUCCUACUCCCCUCCACAGAACCUGCAGAGGAGUUUUUCUUCACCAGACACUCUCCAGAGACAAGCAAUGAUGAACAACAUGUUGCAGGUCCGUAUGCAUCAGAUGCAGCAGCUAAACGGAGCUUUCCAGCUUGGCUUGAAUCAACAACCGCAGCAGCAGCAAUUCAGGGGUGGGAAUGGUAGCCCCUGGCAUCAGGAGAGCCCACCUUACAGGGGUCACCGCCACCAGCAACAAGACAACAGUGGCUAUCACAGCCGGGACCACCGGCAUGGCAGCAGCCAUCACCACGAUAGCCAGCGAAGUGAUUUCUACCAGCACGAUGAUCGUGGAGGAGGCCGAAGCAGAGAUUAUCCCCCAGACAGACGCAGAGACUACGGAGAUGGGGGAAGGGACAGGCGCUGGAAAUGAUUGGGAAACCGCAUGAAAUUUUAAUUUUUUUUUUUUGUGAAACAAGUGAAACAAGGACUGUGUUAAAGAAAAAUACUAUUGUUUUAUAUGGUUUGCUAAAAGAGUUUUUUUUUUUUUUUUUUUAUUAUUAACGGAUGAGUUUCCCGGUGUUUGCAGCUUUUGUGAUUUAUAAUGAUGUUGACUUUUAAAUGAUUUUAAAGCAGCUAUGAAAUUUGUUUGAAUAACGACCUUAACAUUUGUGACCUUCAUAUCUUACCAGUAAUAUUAUACAAUAUGGCAUUUUACUGAACUUUUUUAAAUACUUAUGUCCAUCUCAGGGGUCAAUGCCCAAAAAACAUCUGAUGUACUAUUUGUUUUUACCCCCAAAAAAGAUAUGUUUCAGAUGUGGCCUUCUUUUUAAUCCAGAUAAAUGUUUUUAAACUGCAAGAUUUACCAUGGCAUUCACCGCACAAUAAUUUAUAUUGUGGCACUAAAUAUGUAGUGAAUGUUUUGGUAAAUUCUACUCUUUUUAUGUACUUCACCAGCAGAAGAUGUUUUUUUACAGCAAGUGUAUGUACUGGUCCUUGAUUAAUGAACAUGUACUUAAAUUGAGUGUUCUGUUUUAGAAAAAUACUUUCUUACUUUCUGUAUUUUAUUUUUAUUUUUGUCCCCCUCUCAGGAGUUUUUAGCAAUUGUAUUUCUCUGUCAUAUUCUACCUGUCAGAAAUGUUAAUUGGAGGUUUUCCGAUAUAUAUUUACAGAUUUUUAGCAGUGUGUAUUCUUUCCCCAGGCCUGAGAAAAGUGACAAAAAUAACUUUGUACAUUUGUAAAUACAGCAUCGUUUUUAAAGGAAA